UUUUGUCUUUGUCACUCCGCCUCGACUGUUGGCUGGCCUUAUUGGUAGAAUGGGUGAUGAACUGUGCUCUCUCUAGCAUUGCGUAAGGUCAAAAUUGUUUUGAUCAAGCGACAGGAGUUGUUUAUAUGGCGGUGUAAUGUGUGAUCGUUGCGUUUAGGAGUGCUGAACAGUAUUUUAUUCAAACUUGGACAGUUUCUUUUCAUAAUUUCCCUAAUUCCAGAAUAGCUUUAGGAUAGAUUAUAUCGUUUUGCCACUGUUCUUAAGCCUACGUACGAAACUUGGAUAUUUUCGCCGAAACAUUAUCCUAAACGGAUUUUCUCUUGCCUUUCUGGUUCACUUUUGCAUUUGGCUGUAAUACCUUAUUGAGGAUAACUAAGGUCGAAGGCAGCCAGAAUGGCUAAAGAUCGCGGAGACAUUGCCAUUGACACCGUGGCAAUAGAAGAAGACAUCGAGAAGGUUGUGGAAAGGGAAAUGGCCGCAGCUAAAGAAAAUGCUUCUGCACCAGUGGAGGUCGCAACCCGGCGUAAAUCCAAAAAAGUUCAUCGUCAGAAUAGCAAAGAAAACAAUGCUAAUACGUUGUCUUUCAUUCACAAGCCCAGGUCUUGGAAAAACAGUCGUCGAUCGCGCAAUGGUUAUGGACGGGGUUUGCCCAAGAAAGGCGGUGCCGGAGGCAAAGGAGUCUGGGGAAAACCCGGUUCUGAGUUGCUAGAAGAUAUCGAAGACGUGAAUGAUCCCAACUUCGACUCUGAAUUGGAUGGUACUGAUAUUGAACUGAAGGCAGUAGUGCCGGAAGUUUCAAAUGCGGACUUGAGGAAAAAGAGUGAACCCAUAAUUCUCGAGUUCUUUGAAAGUAAUGAUAUCCAAGAAGUUAUACAAUCAGUACUGGAAAUUAUACCUGUAAACCGCAGAAGUGUUUUCGCACAACAAGCUAUUGAGAUAGCAAUGGAUCAUAAGCCUUCGCAUAGAGAGCUAACAUCCGUGCUGAUUUCUGAUCUGUAUGGAUAUGUUUUGUCUGAAUCAGACAUUGUCAAGGCAUUUGAAAAUCUCCUUGCUAACAUGAAUGACUUGAUACUGGAUAUUCCUGAUGCCCCUACCGUCCUUGGCAAUUUUAUAGCACGUGCCAUUGCGGAUGAUUGCAUCCCACCACGCUUCAUCAUUGAUGUGAAAGAAAAAAGCGAUGAUCGUAUCUUCCGGGAAACUCUAGUUCAUGCCGGUACGCUUCUCUCUAUGGAACACGGCCUAGUACGUUUAGAUAAUGUGUGGGGCGUUGGGGGUCCUCUUCGCCCUGUUCAAGCGUUGACUCGGCAAAUGUCGCUGCUUCUUCAAGAAUUUGUGUCCUCCGGUGACGUUGAAGAGGCUUCGCGAUGUUUAAAGGAUUUGGAAGUUCCCCAUUUCCACCAUGAAUUGGUAUACGAAGCCAUCGUUAUGGCUUUAGAAGCAAAUGGUGAAACCAGCGAAAAAGCCAUUUGUAGCCUUCUAAAAGCUUUUGAUGCUCGUGUUUUAAUUACUCGCGAUCAGUUGGAGAGAGGAUUUUUCCGCGUGUUUGAUGAUUUAGCCGAUAUUUGCAUGGAUGUUCCUCUGGCCUACGUUAUUUUGGACAGAUUUAUCGACCUCUGUCGUAAUGAGGGAUUUUUGACUGAUAACAUCAUUGCUAGAUUUCCGUCAAGAGGACGUAAGCGUUUUGUGUCCGAAGGUGAUCACUUCGUGACCAAAGAAAAAUUCAAUAAAUCCCAUGAAUACUAAAAUACACAAAGGUAGUUCCACCCAGCCACUUAUUCUAGAGUAACAUGCAAAAAUAUCCUGCAGGUCUUUUCUUUUCAGUGUUAUUAACAGAAAAUACGUUCUUUGAGUAUGUGUGUGGAUUUCUUUGCUUAUACCUUUUAUGAUUUAGUAUCAUAUAGCAUCCGUCAUUGGUAGAAAGCGCGCUCUCAGAUAAUUUGAUAAAUAAUAUAAUAAAAAUAAUAAUAAUUUGCAAGCGACUUGAAAUUCUCAAAAUAUUUACUUAAAUCUGAAACUACGGUUUCAUCGUUGCUUUUACACUUUGAAAGUUGAGGUAAACGAAUUUACUGGUUCUUUAGUAGCUAAUUCAACUACAUCUUGAUGUAGCAUUUUUUUUUAUCUAAGCAUUUUUCAAUUUACUUGUUGGCCUUGUUGAUUUGGGUAUGCGAAUGCGUAUUAAUCUCGGUUGCAAUAGAACGAAAAAAAAAUUAUACUGAUUAUUAGUUAUGUGCAGUUUUUAGUCAGAUCAUUUAAUUAAAAUUUAUAUGCUAUUUGAUAUCAAUUAUUAUUGGUACUACUCGAACGUACCAUUGAUCUGCAAGGAUGUAAAAUGUUGUGUAUUUCUAAACACCAACAUGGUUGCCUAGUUCUUUUUGGUAGUUUCCAUGCAUUUAUAUGUAAGAUUUUUAUUUCAUUUCUUGGUAUGAUUUAGUAAACGUGUAGGUUCGUUUAAGCUUUUUUGUACAUGUUUAUCAUAUAAUGAAAUAAAGAUUAUUACGAUUUAGGAA